AUGGUGUUCCCCUUAACGUUGCUGAAGUGCUCGCAAAACCAGCCGGUGAUGGUGGAGCUGAAAAAUGGAGAAACGUACAGCGGCUUCCUCGUGUUUUGCGAUCGCUUUAUGAAUUUACACAUGAAAAAUAUAAUAUGCACGUCAAAGGAUGGAGACAAAUUUUGGAAAAUCUCCGAAUGUUACGUCAGGGGGAACAGCGUUAAAUAUAUUCGAGUUCAGGACCAGGCCAUCGAUCAAGCCAUAGAGGAAACCAACGAACAAAAAGCGAGAAAUAUAGGUAGUAGAGGCCGAGGAGGAAGAGGUAGGGGACGCGGGUCUGGCAGGGGCACAGACAACAGGGGUGGAAGAGGAGGUCAAAUGCGAGGAGGAAGAAGGGGAUUUUAA